GUGUUAGCAUGAGUUAAUGUUUUUCAUAACAGGAGAAGUUGGGGGAUUGAUCACAACAGUUACAACUACAGCAAAAAUCACUGUGAAAUCAAUAGUAAUUAUCAUGAAGGUUUGAUUUUGGGGAAAAAAAGUUUUGCCAGACUUGGAGCCAGAAAGCUCCCAUUAAGAAUUUGUCUCUGAAAAAAAAGAUGUCUGCGGUUGUGUCAUUCAAAACUCACAGCUGCUGAUAGGAAUAAAAAGGUAAUACAUCUGAGCUAAAGAAAAAAGUCUAGUAAAGAUUAGCUUAUAUUAGAUAGAUUGCAUUUUUAAUGAUAGUAUUUCCAAGAUCUUACUUCAUCAUGCUUUUAGCUUGUUUUAAAAGUACUCAACAUACAUGACUUGCGGGUAAGGGAUAUUGCCAAAAGUAAAUCAGAUCAAUUAAAUACACUGAGAAGUUCCCUGGAACAGAAUUUUAGUUUUCAAUAGAUAAUGUCCUGAACACUUAAAGAACUCUAAAUUUGUGAGUGCCUGGGAAAAAACAGCAAAAGUUACUGAAACCAUAAUUUGUUAUCUUUCAUAGGGAAUGGUCUUGAAUGUAAAAACUGAAUUAAUUUCACAGGUUAACUGUUCUGUUUGCCUUCUAAACAAAAAUCUACUGGCUGAGCCAGUGUGCCUGUAUUUGAGUGAAGACACUGGGUACUGAUCCACUUUGAUCUAUGAACAGUAACAUUUCAAUAAUCACAUUGCCAGUUUCCAGCACCAACUCUCCAACGAAGAUUUUGCCAAAAACCUUAGGACCGAUCAAUGUGAAUGUUGGACCCCAAAUGAUCAUAAGCACAUCACAAAGACUAACAAAUUCGGGGAGUGUUCUCAUUGGGAGUCCAUAUAACCCAGCUCCAGCAAUGGUUACACAGGCACACAUAACAGAAGCUUCUGGCUGGGUCCCAGGGGACAGAAAGCGGACCCAAGAAUUUAUAGAGUCCGAUUUUUCAGAAAGUAAGAGAAGCAAAAAAGGAGAUAAAAAUGGGAAGGGUCUGAGGCAUUUUUCAAUGAAAGUAUGUGAAAAAGUUCAACGUAAAGGAACAACUUCGUACAAUGAAGUUGCUGAUGAGCUGGUAUUGGAAUUCACAAACUCUAACAGUCACCUAGCCACAGACUCGCAGGCUUAUGAUCAGAAAAACAUUAGGCGGAGAGUUUAUGAUGCCCUUAAUGUCCUGAUGGCAAUGAACAUAAUUUCAAAAGAGAAGAAGGAAAUCAGAUGGAUUGGCCUUCCCACAAACUCGGCUCAGGAAUGUCAGAAUCUAGAGAUAGAGAAACAGAAGCGGAUUGAAAGGAUAAAACAGAAGCGAGCCCAACUACAAGAACUGCUGCUGCAGCAAAUAGCAUUCAAAAACUUGGUACAAAGAAAUCAGCAAAAUGAACAACGAAAUCAAGGCCCUCCAGCUUUGAACUCCACAAUACAGCUGCCUUUCUUAAUAGUCAACACUAGCAAAAGAACAGUUAUAGACUGCAGCAUAUCAAGUGAUAAAUUUGAAUACCUCUUUAAUUUCGAUAACACUUUUGAGAUUCAUGAUGACAGUGAGGUGCUGAAGAGAAUGGGAAUGUCCUUUGGGCUCGAGUCAGGCAAAUGCUCAGCUGAGGAUCUAAGAACUGCAAAAUCACUGGUGCCCAAAGCUUUAGAAGGCUACGUCACAGAUAUGUCAUCAGGAUUUUCGUGGAUAAAUCAAGGGUUACUUUCAAGUUCAGCACAAGCAGGUUCACAUUUAGAGGUGGCAGGAAGCACUUCUGAUGCUAAAUCAAGUGAGAAUCCAGGGUUAUGUUUGGAUGCUGAAGUGGCCUUAGCAACUGGGCAGCUUCUUGCCCCAAGCAGUCAACAGUCCAGCAGUGCAACAUCACGCUACUCAGAAUCACGGGGAGAAACUCCAUGCUCAUUCAAUGAUGAGGAUGAAGAGGAUGAAGAUGACGAUUCUUCCUCCCCAGAAUAAGGACAGUAGAAAAUGGAAUAUACAAAAUGCUGCUCAAAGAUUCCUAAUGGGAGCUCCUGUUUGGAUUUCACUGAAGUUUCAGCCACAGCUGAAAUUGAAAACUUUUUGUACCUGAACACAGAGUGACAUGCAGACACAGAGUGAUGUGGGGUUUAUCAACUAUAACCAAGGAAAAGAACAAAGUCCCCUGGAGAUUUGGCAAAGUAAACACGAAAUUCACAUUUUCCAUUUUGGGACAUACUCAAAUCUCUGUCUUUACCAGAUGGAAAGGAAAACAGCGUCAGUCAACAAAUGUCAGUUCUCACAUUGUCUUUUGGCUGUGCUACCUUUAGGAAAACGGGGAGCGAGAGCACACACAGGUGUGCUGAAAUAGCUAUUUAAAACUAUCCUAUAUGAAAAUUGUUCUAGGGAAAGGGGGCUGUUAGAAUGUUUGCUUUUUUCUGUUCAACUUGCUGUAUAGAAGAUUCCUAAAGUAAUAUAAAUUGCGAUAAAAUGAAUCUUGAAAUAGUUUAAAUCCGUUUUAGAUACUCUAAAAUUAACAUUAGUAUGUCUCUUUUGAAAGGUUCAUAUGUUCAUUUAUACUGCAGACCUAAUUUAUUAUAAGUGAUUAUUCUUAGCCAUUAUUAAACAGUCAGGAUAAAAACA